GGAGUCGUUCAUCCCUUAAGCAAGCUGGGUGGGCCUAGGUGCGCGUGCGCGGUUUUAAUACUCCUCCCCAAACUGCCAACUCUUCACGCAUGCGAAGUAGUCCCCUCCCUGCCUCAAUUUACGCGUGCGCACUAAGGGGCCGGGCCACGGAAGACCGCACGCCUGCGUCAGGGGGACUACGGUGACAGUACCACGGGUGGGGCGUGGGCCAGUCAUGGCGGAACCCUGGUCUGGGCAGGCCUUGCAGGCUCUGCCGGCCACGGUGCUGGGCGCGCUGGGCGCGCUGGGCAGCGAGUUCUUGCGGGAGUGGGAGGCACAGGACAUGCGCGUGACCCUCUUCAAGUUGUUGCUGCUGUGGUUGGUGUUAAGUCUCCUGGGCAUCCAGCUGGCGUGGGGGUUCUACGGGAAUACGGUGACCGGAUUGUAUCACCGUCCAGGUCUGGGUGGUCAGAAUGGAUCCACGCCUGAUGGCUCCACGCAUUUCCCUUCCUGGGAAACGGCAGCAAACGAACCUGUCAAAACCCACAGAGAAUAAGGGAAGGCAGCAGAGGGUCUCCAAUGGCAUCACUGGGUCUGCUGGCUUCUACACUGAGUUCUGCUGCUUACCAGACCCCAGGGACAACCGCCGGGGGUUCAGGGUUGGUAGCAGGGAGUACCCCAGUGCCUGCAGGGCUGAGCCUCCUCUGCCCCUUGGCCUUGCUCCCUUGCCCAGGCAAUGGGCAAGUGAAGAGUUUGCCUGUACCUUUACUGGGUGCCUUAAGUAGAGAAAUUGUGUUCCUCCUCUUUCAGGGGUGACAACUCAGGAAGCCUCUGAGCUGGGAAGGCCAACAGUUCUUUUGUCUUGAGUUUCUUUUUCUGUCCCUCUUCACAUCCCCCUGAAAUAUAACCCCAUAAAAAUUUUUCCUGAGUUGGCCGGUUGCGGUGGCUCACGCCUGUAAUCUCAACACUUUGGGAGGCCAAGGCAGGCAGAUCACAAAGUCACGAGUUCAAGACCAGCCUAACCAACAUGUUGAAACCCCAUCUCUACUAAAAAUACAAAAAUUAGCCAGGCAUGGUAGCAGGUGACUGUAACCCCACCUACUCUGGAGGCUGAGGCAGGAGAAUUGCUUGAACCUGGGAGUCAGAGGUUGCAGUGAGACAAUAUCAUUGUGCCAUUGUACUCCAGCCUGGGUGACAGAGCAAGACUCCGUGUCAAAAAAAAAUAAUUACUGAGAGGAAGCCUGAGGUUAACCAGCUCUGGGGUUUGUAAGGCAGGUCUGUUUUCUCCUAAGCCCUGCGUUUUCUGAAUCUCAUUUUGCUUUGUUGGCAAGGAGCCAGGGAAUCCUGACCUGAGCCAGACCACAAGCUCUGUGGUUACUUAGCUGGCCAUUCAGGUAUAAGGCAGUGUGGUGUCCCUGCAGGCACCAUCCAGAUGGAGGCACCAAACACCCACAUCCCUGGCCCAACCAGACUUCUGUGAGCCAGGCAAAGGAAAUUGUCAUCUGCCAACCGUCCUAUUCAUGUUCCUAUCAGUCCUUCUUGGGGGUAAGCUGGGUGCCUCAAGGAGCACAGCUGAACCCCGGAGGUGGCCUCCUACCCCGCAAUGCUUAAGUGCCUAUGGGAACUUGAGUCUGUACCUUUUCCCCUCAUAGGAUGGUACCAAGCAGUUAGUGCAGUGGCCCCAUCAUAGCCUGCAGCCUCAUCAUUUCCCAUCUAGACCUGGUACAAACCACCCCAGAGGCUCAGCUCUUCCCCACUAGCAUCUCCACCUUUACGAACCAGGCAGUCCUGCCAUGUCACAAAAGGCCAGGGGAGUUUCCAAAGGUGUGGGUGACAAAUGCCCCUAUAGAAACACCAGUACCUUUCAUCAGGACUCAGCAAUAUGUUAAAAAAAAAAAAAAAGAAAAGAAACACCAGUACCUGAAAGCACUGUAACCCUGGACCUGCCUCCUUCCCUGAUGGCCAUACUUCUGCCUCCAUCUGCUGGGCCACCAGCCACUUUAGUGACCCCUGCCUACUUCCCCUCUGCUGGAUGUCACACUUGCAUCUGGCUACCUUUGCCUAAGCCAUCUUUGUGGUAGAGGUGCACUGGAGUUUCAGCUAUACUGAGGAUGAUGGUCUUCACAGCCCCAGGCCAACCCUCUAAUACUACCACACAGAAUCAGGGUCUCACAUUUCACCCCAGGCUUAACUGAGGAUGUGGCUUAUUAAACAUGGAAGGGCAUUGGUUGUUGUGGUUAUUCAGACAGAACAAGCGUGUGCAUGCACAGGGGCAGUGAGAGAGGGAACAUCCUGGAGGCUGUUCCCCGUUGGUACCCAGAUGCAGUAACUUGCAGGGAGGGGAGAGGUGAUGCCGGCUUCCUGGAGGAGCAGUGAUGGGGUGCCCAACAGGGGCAAUAUCUCCAUUCAUAGACUGGCCCCUUUCAAGGGGAACCUAUUCUAAGCUUGUCUUGGAAGUCAGGAAAGCAGGCAUUGGGUUGGCAUUUCAGGAAACCUGUGAACAAAGAACAAUGAAGCUAGAGACUGACAAGUAAAAA